AUGACGACAGCAGCAUUCAACUACAUCGACCCAGCUUCAUUCGACGCAAAUGCCACAGAGGCAUUCAAAAAGCCAUGGAGCAAAGUCGAUGGGCCUGGGCAAUCCUUCAAACUCUCCAGUCACCAGCGCUCCGUGCAGAACAUCCGCGGCCACGAGUCUGAAUUCUCAGUAGACAACGCCGGAUUCGCCGUGUACAAUGAACAAGCCCAAGAAACGGCUUUUACAGACGACACGGAAGUAAAGAAGGGCUACUACAGCGAAGUAGAAGACCUCCUUCGAAAGAAGCUCCAUGGCGUGAAAAAGGUCGUCAUCUUCGACCAUACCAUCCGACGCCGAACACCGGGAUCAGCACGAGCCCCAGUCCAGCAGGUCCACGUCGACCAAACCCCCGGCGCGGCAGAAGUGCGUGUGCGCCGCCACGUGCCUGAAAACGAAGCAGAAGAAUUAUUGAAAGGCCGCUAUCAGAUUAUCAAUGUGUGGCGACCGAUCGAAAACCCGGCCUAUGAUUUCCCGCUUGCGGUUAUCGAUUGGCGGAGCACCCAUGCCUCGGACUAUGUCAAAGUCGACCUUCUAUAUCCGAAGGAUCAAGCAUCCGGGGAAGUGGCGCCGAAUCCUGAAUCGGCAUUCUCGACUGACGGCUAUGAGGUCAAGGGGGAAACGUAUGGUAUUGCGCCGAAUGAGAAUCAUCGAUUCUUCUAUGCUAAGGAUAUGACGCCCGAGGAGGUGAUGUUGAUCAAGUGCUUUGAUUCUCGGAGCCAUACUAUGACGGAUGGACGGACGGAUAUCGCUCAUGCGACUUGCCAUACUGCUUUUGUUGAUCCGCAGACUCCGGCUGAGGCCCCGGCUCGGCAGAGUAUUGAGGUAAGAUGUUUGGUCUUUUAUGAGUAG